ACUUCCGAGGCGGGUUCGGAAACGGAAGCAUUUCCUGCGGGGUUUCCGGCCUUCGCAACCGGAAAUGGUUGUCAACGGAGACGUUCGAAAACCGAGAGCCAUCUGGUGACGCCCUGUGGCUGAGCAUGGCCCUACCAGCCCUGGGCCUGGACCCAUGGAGCCUCCUGGGCCUUUUCCUCUUCCAGCUGCUCCUGCUGCUGCUGCCCACAACGACUACGGGGAGCAGUGGGCAGGAUCCCGUGCCCAGGGUCAAAUACUAUGCAGGGGACGGACGCAGGGUUCUUAGCCUCUUCCACCAGAAGAACCUCCGGGAUUUUGACACUCUGCUCUUGAGUGGUGAUGGAGACACUCUCUAUGUGGGAGCCCGGGAGGCCAUUCUGGCCUUGAAUAUCCAAGAUCCUGGUGUGCCAAAGCUAAAGAACAUGAUAUCCUGGCCAGCCAGUGACAGAAAGAAGAGUGAUUGUGUCUUUAAGAGGAAGAGCAAUGAGACAGAGUGUUUCAACUUUAUUCGUGUCCUGGUCUCUUUCAAUGCCACUCACCUCUACGCCUGCGGCACCUUCGCCUUCAGUCCUGCCUGUACCUUCAUUGAACACCAAAAUUCCUACCUGAAGCCCAUCUUGGAGGACAAGGUUAUGGAGGGGAAAGGGCAAAGCCCCUUUGACCCUGCCCAUAAGCACACAGCUGUCUUUGUAGACGGGAUGCUCUAUUCGGGCACCAUGAACAACUUCCUAGGCAGUGAGCCCAUCCUGAUCCGAACGCUGGGACCCCAGCCUGUACUCAAGACGGACAAUUUCCUCCGUUGGCUGCAACGUAAGAACCUGAGCCCCACUCAGCACAGGCCUGGUCCCCUUCCCCCGAGUCCCGGAGACCUGGCGAUUCCCUCAGCUCCCAUUUCCAUGGGGCCCGAGAACGACGUGGGCGGUGAAAAGGUGCUGCAGAAGAAGUGGACCACGUUCCUGAAGGCCCCGCUGCUCUGUGCCCAGCCCGGGCAGCUGCCCUUCAACGUCAUCCGCCACGCCGUCCUGCUGCCGGUGUGUCCGGGACCAGAGAUGUCUGGUGUAAGCAGGGCCUGGCAAAUCAGCGGGACCAGGAGCUCAGCCGUCUGUGCCUUCUCUCUCAAGGACAUCAACCGUGUCUUUGAGGGCAAGUACAAGGCAUUGAACAAAGAGACUUCACGAUGGACUACUCAUGAGGUCCCUGAUGAUAUCAGUCCUCGACCAGGCAGCUGCUCGGUGAGCCCCUCCUCUGAUAAGGCCUUGACCUUCAUGAAGGACCAUUUCCUGAUGGAUGAACAGGUGGUGGGAACGCCCCUGCUGGUGAAGUCUGGUGUGGAGUACACACAACUUGCAGUGGAGACAGCCCAGGGCCUUGAUGGGCACAGCUAUCUGGUCAUGUACCUGGGAACCACCACAGGGUCCCUGCAUAAGGCUGUGGUGAGUAGGGACAGCAGAGCUUAUCUGGUAGAGGAGAUCCAGCUGUUUCCUGACCUUGAACCUGUUCGAAACCUGCUGCUGGCCCCGACCCAGGGUGCAUUGUUUGCAGGCUUCUCAGGAGGUGUCGUUAGGGUUCCCCGAGCCAACUGUAGUGUCUAUGAGAGCUGUGUGGACUGUGUCCUUGCCCGGGACCCACACUGUGCCUGGGACCCUGAGUCCGGAAUCUGCCGCCUCCUGCCCGCCUCCAUCCCGAAAUCCUGGAGGCAGGACAUGGAGAAAGGGAACCCAGAGUGGGCGUGUGUCAAUGGUCCCAGGGGCAGGAGCUUCCGGCCAAAGAGCCGCCCCCAAAUCAUUAAAGAAGUCCUGGCCAUUCCCAACUCCAUCCUGGAGCUCCCCUGCCCCCGCCUCUCAGCCCUGGCCUCCUACCACUGGAGUCAUGGGACAGCAACAGUCCUGGGAGCCUCUUCCAUGGUCUUCAAUGGCUCCCUCUUGCUGCUGCUGCAGGAUGGAGUGGGGGGCCUCUAUCAGUGCUGGGCCACUGAGAAUGGCUUCUCAUACCCUGUGGUCUCCUACUGGGUGGACAGCCAGGGCCAGCCCCGAGCCCUGGACCCGGAACUGGCAGGCAUCCCCCGGGAGCGCGUGGAGGACUCGCUGACCAUGUUUGGUGGCGGGGCCGCCCUGGCUGCGCAGCGGUCCUACUGGCCCCACUUCCUCACCAUCACUGUACUGCUCGCCCUAGUGCUUUCCGGAGCCCUCAUUCUCCUCCUCCUCUCCCGGCUGGGGGCACUCCGAGCCCGGGGCAAGGUCCAGGGUUGUGGGGCCCUGCCCCCCGGGGAGAAGGCCCCAUUGAGCAGAGAGCAGCACCUCCAACUUCCCAAGGAAUGCAGGACCUCUGCCAGUGAUGUGGACGCUGACAGCAACCACCUGGGCACCGAGGUGGCUUAAACUCUGGGCACAGACUGAGGCUGUGGCAGAGCAUGGCACUGGGCUAUGCUGACCUGGGAGCCUGGAGCAGUGCAGACUAGGGUGGGAGUAGCACAAAAGAUCACCUUCCUCCCACAAGAGUAGCUUCUCUGACACUCUGUGGCACCAGCAGCACUCAGAGGGCCUGGGCACAGUGGCUGGCUCCCCUGUGGGAUUCCCUUCUACUAAGCACAUGGGCUACCCCAGACCCGGUCCGAGGCUGUGAUGGAAGACCCAGAAAGGACCCUCCAGAAGCAUACUGCUCCAGGAGACUCUAAAACAUCCUGACUGUUUCAGGACCCUUUGGUAAUAACACCAAACAUCUAAACAACCACAAGAUGGCACGUCACUCCUGGGGACUCCACUCUAAUAGCAGCUGUCACCUUGGACACCAGUACUCCCCUCUCCCAGGGAUCUUUAGGGUUCUGCAUGGAGCUACCCCCUCCUACUCCCCUUUAUCAACUGUGCACUGACUCCCAGGGAGUCUUGAAGGCAACUACCUUCUUGCUUCAGUUGGGAGAGUUUGUGAUCUCUUCUAGCCCGGCUAGAAUGGCAGGGGUAAUCUGAGCCUGGUUCAUGCCUUUACCCUGGCUGAUCCUUUGACCUCUGUCCUUUCCCUUUCCUUUGCUUUGGGAUCCAAAAAAACUGCUUGUCACAGUUUAUUUUUUAUUAAAAAGACAAAGCUUAUGGCUCGUGGUGUUUUUGUCAGAGCAGAGCUCUCCAACAGAGGACUGCAAGAUGUAAAGGGAGCAGGAACUGAGGGCACCAGUGGGAGAGGGCCAGGUUUGUGGGGUGAUGGCUCCCUAGAACUCUUCUGCCCUGCUAGCUCCCCCCAGAACCAGCCCCACAGCCCUUUCCUUCACUCCUGCCAUUGCUAGAGUAUCUCAAACUUUGCCUUUCAGGCCAACACUCUGUUGACCAGCUUCAGCUUGUGUCUGCUGGCUGGGCAACACCUGCUCCAUCACUGGGUAAUGAUUUGGCAAGUGUCACUGCUGCAGCCCUGCCGUUGCUGCCCCUCACUCUCCCACAUUUCUUGUGACUCCAACUCAGCCCCUCUUU